AUGACACCUGAAUUGCAAGCUGCUGAAAAGUCUCUUGUCAGAAAGCUUGAUUACCUCUAUGUUAUGCCAUGUAUUGCUAUUCUCAAUUUCUUGCAGUUCUUUGACAAGUCAGCUCUUAAUUAUUCCGCUGUUCUUGGUAUUAUGGAGGAUACCCAUAUCGAUAAAGCCCAAUUCGGUUGGUUAGGUUCUAUCUUUUAUCUUGGUUAUUUGGUUUAUCAAGUUCCUAACACUUACUUGUUGCAAAAACUUCCUAUUGGUAAAUACGUCGGUUCUCUUAUUGCCAUCUGGGGUAUUAUUCUUGCUGUUACCAGUGAAGCUAAGGACUUUUCUCAUUUGGCUGCUUUGCGUGUCUUGCUCGGUUUCUUUGAAGCAGGCAUUUACCCAUGUUGUAUCAUGUUGAUCAGUACAAUGUAUCGUCGUGCUGAACAAACAGGUCGUAUUGGUACUGUUUAUAUCUGUAAUGGUCUUGCUAUGGCUGUCGGUGGUCUCGUUGGCUACGGUAUUGGUCACAUGGCAAAUGUGGGUGGCAAGGCUGCUUGGCAAUGGAUUAUGAUUAUUCUCGGUAGUGUCACCGUCCUCUUUGGUUGCUUCUGUUUCUUCUUAUUGAUUGACAAGCCCAAAUCCAAAUUUCUUCGUCUUACUCCUGAACAAGAAAAGGUGGUUGAUAUCCGUCGUCUUGACAAUGCUACUGUUGUCACAAGACAGAUUAAUUUUAGUCAAAUUGUUGAAGCUCUUAAAGAACCUCGUUACUAUUGCUUCAUUAUUGCCUCUGCUCUUAUCAACAUGCAAAAUGGUGCUCUUGGUACUUUCAGUUCUGUUAUUACCGCUGGCUUUGGUUUCUCGGGUUUGAAUUCCAUCUUGCUUACUGUUCCUAGUGGUGUUACUGAUUGUCUUUACAUUGUCUUUGCUAUCUGGUACAACCGUAAGUACGGUAAUACCAUUCACCUUGCUUGUGUUAUGAUGGGUAUCUCUCUCCUUGGUCUUAUUUUACUUCUUGUCAUUCCUGUUGCUCAAGUCAAGUUGAUUGGUCUUUACAUGUGCUGGUCAUUUGCUGCUGCCUAUGUUUUGUUCUUGACUGCUUUGGCCAACAAUGUGAUUGGUUAUACCAAGAAGAUUUUCUACAGUAGUUCUGUCAUGGUUCUCUACACCAUUGGUAACUUUGUUGGUCCUCAAAUGAUGUCUGCUUCUGCUGGUCCUUUGUAUCUUGGUGGUAUGAUUGGUUUCAUCGUUGCCGAUUUCCUUGCUAUCGUUCUUCUCCAAAUUGCUCGUUACAUCAUGUUGAAGUCUAACAAGGAGCGUUUGACCAAUCCUUCAAGCCAAAAGGUUGAUCCUGAUGUUGAUUUGACAGAUCGUGAAAACCCUCACUUCAUUUAUAGACUCUAA